AAGGGUUUCCUCUUCGUCGAUCUUCACUCCUGCCCAAGCCCAACCACCACUUGCAUCACUCACGAUGACCUCCUUCUCCUACGAGUUCAAGACCCCCGCCUACACUGGCAAGGUCAACUUCCCCACUGGCGUCUUCAUCGACGGCAAGUUCUCUGAGGGCUCGGGCAAGACCACGAUCGACGUCAUCAACCCUACCACGGGCAAGCUGAUCACCUCUGUCGCCGAGGCUACCGCCGCGGAUGUCGACAAGGCCGUCAUCGCUGCCCAGAAGGCUUUCGACACGACCUGGGGCUUGAACGCCGCAGGCUCCCGUCGCUCGGAGCUGCUCUACAAGCUCGCGCUCCUCAUGGAGCAGAACCUGGACGAGCUGUGCGCGCUUGAGGCGCUCGACAACGGCAAGACCUUCGGGUGGGCCAAGAACGUCGACGUCGCAUUCGCUAUUCAGACGAUCAAGUACUUCGCCGGCUGGGCGGACAAGAUCCACGGGAAGGUCAUUGAGACCGACGAGUCGAAGCUCACCUAUACCCGCCACGAGCCGAUCGGUGUCGUCGGCCAGAUUAUCCCCUGGAACUUCCCUCUCCUCAUGUUUGCCUGGAAGAUCGGCCCCGCGCUGGCGACGGGGAACACUGUCGUGCUCAAGCCCUCCGAGUUCACCCCGCUCACUGCCCUCCGCACCUGCACGCUCAUCAACGAGGCCGGCUUCCCGCCUGGUGUCGUCAACCUCAUCGUUGGCUACGGCCACACCGUCGGCGCGGCCAUGAGCUCGCACAUGGACAUCCACAAGCUCGCCUUCACUGGUAGCACGCUCGUCGGCCGUAAGAUCAUGGAGUCUGCGGCCAAGUCGAACUUGAAGACGGUCACUCUUGAACUCGGCGGCAAGUCCCCGAACAUCAUCUUCGACGACGCCGACCUCGAGCAGGCCGUCAACUGGGCUGCUCACGGCAUCUUCUGGAACCACGGUCAGGCAUGCUGCGCCGGCUCCCGUAUCUUCGUCCAGGCCGGCAUCUACGACAAGUUCCUCGAGGCCUUCACUGCUCGCACGCGCGGCAUCAAGGUCGGCGACCCCUUCGGCGACAACGUCGACCAGGGCCCGCAGGUCUCCCAGCAGCAGUACGACCGGAUCAUGUCCUACAUCGACACGGGCAAGCAGGAGGGCGCGACCUGCCACAUCGGCGGCAACCGCGUCGGCGACGAGGGCUACUUCAUCGAGCCGACGAUCUUCACGGACGUCAAGCCGGACAUGACGAUCGUGCGCGAGGAGAUCUUCGGGCCCGUCGGCGUCGUGAUCAAGUUCACGGACGAGGAGGAUGUCAUCCGCCAGGCGAACGACACGGUGUACGGUCUUGCAGCGGCGGUGUUCACGCAGGACAUCAACCGCGCGAUCGAGACCGCGCACAAGUUGCAGGCGGGCACGGCGUGGAUCAACUGCUACAACCAGCUGCACGCGCAGGUGCCCUUCGGUGGCUUCAAGCAGUCGGGUAUCGGCCGCGAGCUUGGCGAGUAUGCGCUCGAGAACUACACGAAUGUCAAGGCCGUUCACGUCAACUUGCGGCACAGGAUGUAAGGCUCCUGGCCCAACUGCAUCCUUCAUGACUUGUUAUCGGAGUAAGGGUAGUAUCUAUCAGCAUUGUAUCAUAGUCGUGUCAGUCUUGAACUCGCACCAAUUGCAUUGAAUUCGAAGCAUC